AUGUCUUCGAUAUCUACAUCAGCGCUCAGCCAGGCUACUGUUUCUUCAAAUAUCUUGAUCAUAGCCAGGGAUUCAGGGUCAGCAAGCGUUGCAAGUCUCGGACUCAAUGGCUAUGGAAUUCCUUUUACUACUCUCUUGGUUCCACAAACAGGGGCUGAACUCCCUUCACUUGAAACCGAACUGGGAGGCAACUUUGGGGGAAUCGUGGUUGCUUCUGGAAUUAGCUAUGAUUACGGCGAUUCCGGUUGGGCAAGCGGCUUAACAACCGAUCAAUGGAAUCAGCUUUACGCCUAUCAGCUUGAAUACGGGGUCCGCAUGGUCCAAUAUGAUGUAUAUCCUGGGUCGGAUUAUGGGACUACCGUGAUUGGCACUGGAUGCUGCGACAGUGGCGUGGAACAGGACAUCUCAUUCACGGACGUGUCUGAUUUCCCCACGGCUGGACUGCGCACAGGUGCUGGUGUGAGCACUGAAGGCCUUUGGCACUACUCGGCUUCAAUUCUGAAUACCAGUGACACCAAAGAAAUUGCGUCCUUUGCUGCCAAUUCGGUCGUCACAACUGAAAGUACAGCUGCGGUCAUCAAUGAUUUUGAUGGCCGCGAGCAGAUGGUGUUUUUCAUCUCUUUGGACCCCUCAUGGAGUUCUACCUCAGCAUAUUUACAACAUGCUUGGAUCACUUGGAUGACCCGCGGUCUGCAUGCAGGAUGGCGUCGCGUUAAUAUCAACACCCAGAUUGAUGACAUGAUGCUAACCACUAACCUUUACGAACCUGCUGGCACGACGUUUCGUAUUACUCCGGACGAUCUGAGCGCAAUCCGUGAUUGGAUCCCAACGAUUAAUGCCAAGAUGAAUUCUGGUAGCUCAUACUGGCCCGAAGUUGGGUUCAAUGGCAACGGGAACAUCGAUACAUCUUCCAACAUUGAUGAUGGAUGGGGUAUUUGCAGUGGCGGUGGUGUAUACCCGGCCGGUAUCACUUCACCUCCAGCUGAGUGGAAGAAGCCUGUAGGAACUGGUACUGACCGGUGGCCUUCCACACCAACUACCUAUGAUUGGACUAUCGACUGCACUAUUCGGGACCCUUUGUUGCUUUGGUGGCAAGAGAAUCUCAACAGCUUCGGUAUUCUUUCUCACACUUUCACCCAUGAGGCACAGGAUAAUGCUACAUACUCCGAUAUCUACAAGGAAAUUAGCUUCAACCAAGCUUGGCUGAAGCAGGUUGGGCUUGAUCAAGGAGAUCAUUUCACUUCCAAUGGUAUCAUCCCACCAGCUAUUACUGGUAUUCAUAAUGGUGAUGCCCUUCAAGCUUGGUGGGAUAACGGUAUCACAAACUGCGUUGGAGAUAACACCCGAUCGGCCCUGCUGAAUAGUGAAAAUCCCAUGUGGCCGUACUGGACAGUUACCUCCACUGACGGCUUUGAUGGUAUGCAAGUUAACCCUCGCUGGGCCACUCGUAUCUACUAUGAUUGCUGUACUCCCGCCUGUACUCUGGACGAGUGGAUUAACACCUCAACGGGCAGUGGUACAUUCGAUUACCUACUUGAAACCGAAAGAGACGAUACAAUGCGUCACUUCUUUGGACUCUAUCAUGACCCAUAUAUGUUCCACCAAGGCAAUCUACGCAACGUCGACACAGACCCCAUUACUGUCAAUGGAGUCACAGCUCAGUAUUCCAUUUUUCAGGCCUGGGUUGAGGUCGUGGUUCAAGAAUUUGUUCGAAUCGCCGAAUGGCCUCUUGUAACUAUCAAUCAUGCAGAUAUGUCUGCGGGCUUCAAGGCUCGUUAUACCCGUGAUGCUUGUGGAUACGCCCUCAGCUACACCACAGAAAAUAAAAAGAUCACUGGGGUAACUGUAUCAGCUACCGAUAAUACCUGUAGUGAGCCUAUCCCAGUCACAUUUCCCGUGGUUCCAACUAGCACCAAGGGUUUCGAGACCGAGCAGCUUGGCAGCGAUCCUUUGACCGUUUGGGUUCAGCUCUCAGGAUCCCCCGUUUCGCUCACUCUGUCCACGCCGAUUGCUCUUUAA